AGAGCGAGAGAGCUCAUUACCUAGGUCUCACGGGACUAUUGUUUUGCGUCCCAUGGCAGGAGCAUUGAGGAGGAGGAGGAAGGCGAGGAGGUGGCGCCCAGCAUUCUAGGCGUCGAUCUCAGAUCUGCUGGAUCCUCGUGUAAAUUAAUCUUUGAUGGAUACAAAGUUCCAAGCCAAAGGCUGAUACAUAGCAAUGAGAGCACUGACGAGCAGUGCCUUCUGCAACGUUCGCUCCGCCAUUGUGAUUGCGCUGCUCCUCGUCUCCGUCUUCGUCGUCCUCGAUUCGUACACAUGGAGACUUUUAUCAGUUCCCUGGGCUUACUCUAAGUUCACUAGCUCGCUCACGGGCGUCAAUGAUACCAGGCACCACGCGAGGAUUGUAAGCCCCGAGGAGGCAGAGGCGGCCAUUGCCGAGGCGACCAAGGAAUGGCAGAGAACUUUAGCGAAAGAGCCAUCACCACCUGACGUUGAAGCAGAGAACAAAGUUCUUCCCGAGACUAAAAACUCUCGACCAGCACCGGCUAGCUAUUCUCCGGUUCGACGAGAAGCUCCAAAGAAACCAGAUGCGGAGCUUACUAGUUUGCAAAAGCUUGAAGCCGGCAUGAGCCAUGCUCGAGCCGCAAUAAGAAGCGCAGUGAUCCACGGACUUCAAGAAAAGGACGAUCUUUCGCCUGAUGUAUACCUCAACGCUACGAUUUUCCAACAAAGCUAUAGAGAAAUGGAGAAACGUCUGAAGGUGUUUGCGUACCCGGAAGGAGAAGAACCCCUGGUGCACAACGGGCCGUGUAAGGAGAUCUAUGCAAUCGAAGGGCGAUUCAUUCAAGAGCUUCAAGGGAAGAACAGCUACCUGACCUCCGAUCCUGAGAAGGCGCACUUGUUUUUUCUCCCCUUCAGCGUGGCCAUGAUGGUGACUUAUCUUUACACGCCCGGAUCGCACGACAUGGGACCACUGGGGCGUUUUACAAGGGACUACAUCGACGUGAUAAGCCACAGAUACUCUGCCUGGAAUCGAAGCAGGGGUGCCGAUCAUUUCAUGGUUUCCUGCCACGACUGGGGACCUCAUAUCUCCAGAGCACAUCCGGACUUGAUGGCAAACUCGAUCCGUGUGCUCUGCAACGCAAACACGUCCGAAGGCUACGUGCCGAGCAAGGACGCAAGCCUUCCGGAAAUCCACCUCGUCGGCGGCCAAGUUCCAAGCGUUCUUGGGGGGCCACCGCCGGAGGAGCGCAGGUACUUGGCAUUUUUCGCUGGUGGCGACCACGGCCCCGUCAGGCCAGUUCUCUUCAAGUACUGGAAGGAGAAGGACGAGGACGUCCGGGUUUUUGAGAAGCUGCCAUCUCGAGACGCAUACCUCGACUACAUGAGCCACAGCAAGUACUGCCUGUGUCCGGGGGGCUACGAGGUGAACAGCCCUCGCAUUGUCGAGGCCAUUUACAACGACUGUGUUCCGGUGGUGAUAGCGGACGACUUCGUUCUUCCGUUCAGCGAUGUCUUGGACUGGGACGCCUUCUCCGUCAAGGUGCUGGAGAGGGACAUACCGCGGCUCAAGACGAUCCUCCAGGCGAUUCCCACGGCCAGGUAUCUUGAAAUGCAGGCGAGAGUUUCCAAAGUCAGGAGGCAUUUUCGCUUCAACCAGCCUCCUGAGAGGUACGAUGUUUUCAACAUGAUACUUCAUUCGGUGUGGCUGCGCAGGCUAAACAUGAUAAUUCACGAGUGAAGGGUGUGAACAAAAUUGUUUAGGGAGGGAGGUAUGUGUGAUGGGAUUCUUUGUAGUCGUCUUGCUCUGUUUUUUGUUCUUGGUUUUGGGCUGUUUGUACACUAAAGGGUGUUUAUAAGUUUAAUCAGAUGAGUUUACGCAA